AUGGCAGGAAAACGGAAACCCAUGGCUUAUGGGGUGCCUCGUCGGUGGCUCGGAUUGGUUGGGCUGCUGGCGCUGCUGGUUCCGGUGGCCUCGGGGCAAUAUGGCCUCGGGGAGCCUGCUUCUUUCUGUUACACCUAUGUCACAACGUGGCUGUCCCUGCCGGGCUCGUCGGGCCCAACAGCAUACCCAGGUCCUCCGAAUCCCCCGAACGCGAACCCAACCGGGGCUGUCGGUCAGCCAGGACCGCCAGGACCCCCGGGACCGCCCGGCCCUCCUGGCCCUCCCGGCCCGCCCGGCCCACCAGGACUUCCCGCCCCCACACCGACAAACCCGGGUGCCGUUGCGUUCCCCACGGCAGCCGAGUUCACCGUGUACGCGGGCCAGCCCUUCACUUACAGCCUGGUAAACGUGUUGACCACGCCCAUCGAGAGCGUGCUUGGCAUCAUCGUGGACCCGGCAGUGAACUGGGUGCUGCUGGAUCCGGUGAACAAGGCCCUCGAGGGUCUCGUCCCGAUAGACUACCCCACCAGCAUCCAGUUGAGAACGAUCGUGACUGCUCGGCUGGCAGGCAGGGCCGGUCUGGUCAAGCGGCAGGCCGCUGAUCCCCGCGUCGUGCAGUUCGUCGUGCUCAUCGACGUGCGUGCGCCGCCCGGAAGCAGCGCCAGCCUGCCGCCGGGGAUUGGCUCGCUGACAUCGACAUUCACAUCGACAUCGAUAUCGACAAUUAGUCCGGCGGCGUCACCAAGCACCACUGGGGCACCCGACGUGGCCGCGAGUGAGACUGUCUUCGCGGGUCUGCCGUUCCGCAUCGCCUUGGCAAAGUACCUGGCCCGCCCAACCGACGUCCUCGUCAACUUCACUGCCCAACCGGCAUACCCAUGGAUCAGCAUCAGCCCGGACGGCGCGAUAGUAGGCACUCCGCCGGACAACCAGCCACUGAGCUUCGCGAUACUCACCCUCACCCUGCGCAGUCUAGGCGGUGACAUAUACGUGGUAACGAUAACGCUCGGUGUUGUGCCCGAGGCCGCGAGCACCACGUCUUCGUUGAGCCGACCGUCGUCGGCUGGCGUGAGCACUGCUCCGAGCCCCACGGGCAGUGGUGGCCCGUUGGUCUUCCCGGCCGUUACUGUAUUCCGAGGCCAACCUUUCAGUUUCCCUGCGCCGCGGCGGGGGGACACCCACAGGCCCGUCGCCAUCAGCACCGACCCGCUGUCCCCGUGGAUCACGCUCAACACGUCGGCCGGGACCAUCGAGGGCAUUGUCCCCAGCACGCAGGCGACGGGGGUCAUCCAGCUCAUCAUCACCGACCUCGACACCAGUGCCCCGCAGAAUGGUGCGACGUAUCUGGUCCUUGUCCCAAUCGUCGUGGCGGGGGCUGGGGUGCCGACCCCAACAGCCUCAGCCUCAGCCUCGCCCUCAGCCUCGCCCCCGCCUUCCCUGCCGCCGCUCCUCAUGUUCAGUCGGCUCCAGAUAUUGGAUUUCCCCGUCCUCGGCUUCCUCAACGCCGGUGAUCAGCCCCAAAACAUUUCCACCAUCCCAGAUGCGCCAUGGCUGACGUUUGACCCCAUCACCAAGCGGCUACGAGGCACGGUACCCGACUCGCAGCCUCUGGGUCUUGUCGCGCUCAGCCUCAGGGGCGUGACUGCGGGCGGCAUCUCCUUCACCAAGAUCAUCACCUUGGUCGUCCUGCCUGCCCUGCCCCCGAUCACCUUCACGCCGGGCCAGACCUUGAACAUCCCGGUCCUGGACUACCUGCAGAGUGGCGGCGAUCUUCCCCAGUCCAUCUCCACCCUGCCAGAUGCUCCGUGGCUGACGCUGGACCCGGUCACCAAGUCGCUACGCGGCACUGUCCCGCCCACACAAGCCCCCGGGGACCUCACGCUCGUCAUCAGUGGCACCACGGCUCUUGGUGCGCCUUUUGUGAGGCUCGUCCAAGCCUCGGUACUGCCCCCAUCUAGCAGCGGCAGCGGCAGCGCGGCGCCUGCUCCGUCGACGACGGGGCCGGUCGUCCCAUCCGGAGCUUCCAGUGUGCCGGGGGCUACGUCGACAGGCCCGCCGCCGCCGGCUCGCCCGACUCCAACUGUGUACCCCGGCCAGCCUUUUGUUGUCCCGCUGUGGCCCUUCCUCCGCAGCUUCAGCGACAGUGUGUCCGCCAUCAGGACGGACCCUCAGCUCUCUUGGUUCAACCUCACUGAUCCGGCAUCAGCCGUUGUCGCUGCCAUUUCCGGUCUCGUGCCUGCGAACCAGCCCCCAGGCCCCAUCACCGUGACGGUGAGCGCGUUGACCGCUGGUGGCGACCCAUACACGACUGUCUUCACCGUCAUAGUUGCCCUCGGCGCCAGUCCGUCCGCAACCUCGGUGCCAUCCUCGACUCCGACUGGGACGGCCUUCCAGACGCCCACAGUCACCCCUGGCGUCGCUUUCACCAUUCCCCUGGGACCUUUCCUGCCACUUGCUGGAGUCUCCGACCUGGUAAUCUCCACUGCGCCUCCUUCAGACUGGAUGAAGCUAGACCCUCCUUCCGGAGCCUCGCCCAGCAUCAGCGGUGUCGUCCCCAUCGAUCAGCUGCCCGGCCUGAUUGCAGUCACUCUCACCGGCAAGCUGCCAGGUGGUGCGCCCUUUACCGUCCAGUUCGUCGUGGCUGUCGGCCCAAAACCCGGUUCGACAACAACACCAACCCUUCCAUCGGGCACCAGCCUUCCAACCCCGGAAAUCACACCUGGACAGCCAUUCAAUAUCCCCAUCAGGCCAGCCUUGCUGGGACUCGCAGGGAACGUCGUUUCGCUCGAGUCAACUCAGCCCGUGUCCGACUUCAUCAAGCUCGUCCAGGGUUAUUGGCCCCAUCGUGUCGAAUCCCAACUUCCAGUGGCUUGGCCUGGACCAGAGCCUUCGCAAUAUUGCUGGUGUUGUCCCAUCGAUUCAGGCGCCGGGCUUCUUUACCAUCACCGUGACCGUUACGGGCCUAAAUGGCUCCUCGUACACGCUGACCAUACCGUGCAUCAUCGUGUCCGCUCCUACGGCAAGCACGGCGUCUACGGUCGAGUCAACUGGAUCAUCUGCCGGAGCCACCACGCCCCCGGAUUCCACUACGUCUGCUAG